AUGAGUAACUUCCAUGAUCGAUCAUCUGGCAUGGACGGACAUCCAAGUACACCUAACCCACUGGCUCUUUCACGAGAUGAAUCCAUCUCAAGAGUCGAGGUCGCCAUUGUCACCGACAGACCCCCAAUUGGCGAGGUACUUUCCCUUGAAACCGACCAUCCAGAUUGGACCAUCGGAUACGCAAGCCUAGGAGGAGGCACCAAAGUUGCCGACCCUGGAAGUCUUUACUAUGGCUUCAUGUCCGAAGUCCUAAGACAUCCCGCUCUCAACAUCAAUGAUACUUCUAAUUGGUCCUAUUACAAUUUCUAUAGCAAAAUCGUUGCGAACAGGCAAAAUAACACGGGCCCUGGUGCGGUAGGUCCAGUAGCCAGUUCCAUCGUAUCCGCCAAGGCAGGUGCGAUUAUAAUAACAGUUUUAAGCCCAGAAGCCGAAGUAGACCGAUAUAUUCCUCGUCUCCCCAUUGGCGAGCUCAUGUAUCAAUCCUGGCGCGAUACUUGUCACGAAGACGACACACUCGAAGCAGGCUACCAUUUGAGUGAUCUGAAAUAUAUCAUUUGUGGCCCGAUAGUUAAUCAAGGUAUGCACGACACGAUUAGAGAUGUGCUUGGCAGGACGGGUUACUCGUCUAGAGAAAUUAAAAGAGGUGUGCAAACUACAUUCUCUCUCAUUAAUUCGAAUCCUGGUCUUUUUCAGAUGUUAAUGGAAACAGAUAUUGGUAAACUGGUUGCGGGAAUGUGUAAGAAUCAUCCGCGAAGUUUACUUGCAAAACAGGUAAGUAAUAUUCAUGUUUGGAGUCAUGUUCCGGGCAGUGAUACCGGUGGUCUUUUGAUUUUUGAAUUGGAAUUGGUGUAG